UCUGAAUUUUAAGCUUGCCCUUGACUUACUUUUGUUCCAGCACAACUGAAUUGUCUGCCCUUGCUCUUGCUCUUGCACUAGCUCAUCCUACUAUCUGCUUUUCAAUAUGGCUGAUGCUCCAACUGUCCGUGUUGUUCCCGGUGCUCUCCCUCCUACGUCACAGGCAAAAAUUCAAAAGAAAAAACGUCGAUCACACAAGCCAAAAACUGCAGACUCGCCUCCCGAGGGCUCUGUCAUUAUUCCUGAUGCUGCUUCUGCUGCUCCUGUUGACCGGGCACCAGAGGAGGCGGAUGUGAAGGAGGGUACAGUCGCUCCAGAACUUGUUGCGCCUUCUGAAGCUGCGACCUUCGACGAAUUCACCCCCAAAUCUAGUCCGGUCGUAGAAAUUCUCCAGAAGCGCUUAAAAGCUUUGAACAAGAAGAUAUCCCGCGUAGGGAGUUAUGCAGCAAUCGAGUACGAAAAACUGGACGAUGACCAAAAGCGAACCCUGAAGACCCUUUCUUCGUUGGAGGCCGUUCACAAAGAACUAAAAGACGUCAAAAAAUUGAUCGAGUCCCAUGAAGCUGACCUUGCACGCGAAAUAGCAGCCAGACGUGCAGAGGCUGAAGCUGCGGAGGCUGUCAGAAUCGCUGACUCUGUUGCUGCUGCCGAGGCAUCGUCAGCUGGCAAAACCUCUGCCAUACUGUCUCUAAUUCGCCUUCAUACAUGUCUCUCAAAUCGCCAGCCUCUUCCUGUCGUUCUUGAUUUCAAUGAAGCUGAAGGAGAUGCAAUAUUUUCUGUUUGCUCGACUCUCACCACCGAGGAGUCUGAGUUCAAGCAAACAAUCCUAUCUGGUCUUCUAUCUGGACAAGGCGACUUUAAUGGUGUUUCGUAUGCAAGGCUACUGGAUAUUGUGCAAUCUUUCCUGAACCCCCCACGUGAACCAACGCCCUUACCGGCAGAGCCUGAUGCAGCAACGGAAGUUGCUUCUGAGCCUUCAAGUAACUCGCACACUGAAUCUCAACCUAUCGCCGGGAUCCCCACUACCAGCAUUCUGAGUGGCACUGGUAGCUUCCAUUUCAUGCAGGCGAGCGAGCUUGAGACCGCUGACUUCGAGAGUACUGCUGAGUGGGUUGAGAAAUCCGAGAUUGCACUAACGCAGAAUGGUAUUCUCGAGCACGAAGAAUCUACACCUUCAUCUGUGAAAGCCGAUGGUACACCUGCGCAACCUAUUGAUUGGGCCGAGGCGGACGAGGAAGGUGGUUUGCCAUCGAUUGCAAACCUGCAAGCAAGUUUUGCCCCUUCAGGAUCAGCCACUCCUGUUGCUGAACCCAUACCUACACCUGCGAAUGGCGUCGAAGUUGUCGCUGCCGCUGUCCCGGAGCCUGAAAAUGAUGGCUUCACACAGCCACGAGGUCGCGGACGUGGCAGAGGUUUCCGCGGUGAGGGACGUGGUGGACGUGGUGGCUACCGUGGGCGGGGUGAUUUCCGUGGUGGCGAUCGAGGGAACUUCCGUGGCAGCUACAGAGGCGGCGAGCGUGGUGGUUAUCGUGGUGAACGGGUUGAGCGUGGUGAACGAGUCGAGCGUGGUGAGCGGGUUGAGCGGGGUGGCCGGUCUGAUGGCGACUGGCGAAGCGACGAAAAUCGUGGACGUGGCAGGGGACGCGGACGUGGACGUGGAGACAGGGGAGGAUAUCAUGAGGCGCGCGGAGCUCCUCCUUCUUGAGAGUAGUUUCUGUGAACACACAGGUGUUGCAGGUCUCCUAGAUCGCGUCCUGAGCCUCUGACCACAGUUGCAUGCACUGCUAUGGUAUAUGUUUUUGAUGUAUGUGCACCUUACCUUCACAUGAAAUGACAUUCCCGAUUCUUGCUAUUUCAUUGGAAAGCUUGCUGCGAUAUCAGCGAUUCCGAUGUUUAUGCAUUAUGUCUUA